AUGUCAGCAACUCCUGCGAAAAGCCGUGUUCAGCAAGCCUAUGAGGUUGCCGCCAAAGGCAUUGAAUCUGUGAAGGACGCUGAAAUAAAGUUAAUGGCCCGGGAGGACAUAACGCACGAACCGCAGGAUGUCUACCCCACGUUUCUACGUCAGAUAGCGGAGUAUAAACCUGGAUACGAGAGGCGAUUUGGCGUGGCUAGAGCUGAGCUCGAGCGUCGAUAUCAUGGAGAAGCCGCUUUGCUCUACUGCGCCAGGUCCGGCGACGGAAGACGAGCUGGAUUGCCAGCCGAUGUUUGUACCAAAAUCGCAGCCAUGAACAACACACCCGUAGCGUGGGACAACGCUCUGGAAUUACCACGCGGCAUGGGAUUUGGUCAGGGAGAAGGAACCAGAGCCCAGGCAGUCCCCGCUGGCCGGCCAGAAUCGCGCUCGAGCAGCCAGGCGAGCAUCAGUAGUGAGCCGGGCUCUCGAGCUCAAGCAGCUACCCAACGGCAGGCGAGCUCCAGUAGUCUGGCGGGCUCGAGCACUCACGCCGGCUCGCCCAGGCAGGGCGGUAACAGAGGCCUUGCGAAACGGCUCAAGGACAAGUGUGCGAUAGAUUGA